CGAGCACGAUGAGCCUGCACGCCCCCUACGACCUCUACGCGUCUCCGUGCCGCAGGAGCGCCGCGAGCGCCGUGAGCCGCGUCCUCUCCGAGUCGAGCCGCUCCCCGGCGCGUCUCUACGGCGCGCCGGGGAGCGGCUCGGGGCUCGCGUGGACCCCCCGCGGGUCGGGGGGCCCCCUGGGCGCCCUCAACUCGGAGUACAAGGCGGGCAGGACGAGCGAGAAGGAGCAGCUGCAGAGCCUCAACGACCGCUUCGUGGGCUACAUCGAGCGGGUGCACGAGCUGGAGGAGGCCAAGCGGCUGCUCGAGGCGGAGGUGGCGCUCCUCCGGCAGCAGCAGCAGGCGACGCCGUCGCGCCUCGGCGACCUCUACGACGCCGAGAUGCGCGACCUCCGCUCCCUCGCCGACGAGCUGAGCCGCGACAAGGCGACCCUGCGGCUGGAGCGCGACCAGCUGGAGGCGGAGGCGCGGCGCCUCGCGGAGCGCGCCGAGCGCGAGUCGCGACUGCGCCGCGAGGCGGAGGGCGCCGCGGAGUCGCUGCGCCGCGAGGCGGAGGGCGCGGCGCUGGCGCGCGCCGAGCUCGAGAGGAGCGCCGAGGCGCUGCUGGACGAGCUCUCCUUCCAGCGCAGGGCGCGCGACGAGGAGGCGGCCGAGCUGCGGGCGGCGGCGGCGCGCGCGGCGCGGGCCAGCGUCGAGGCGGAGGGCAGCAAGCCCGACGUGGCCGCGGCGCUGCGCGAGAUGCGCGCGCGGUGCGAGAGCCUCGCCGCGCGGAACCUGGAGGCGGCCGACGAGUGGUACGGGGCCAGGUUCGCCGACCUCGGCGAGGCGGCGGCGCGGGACCACGACGCGGUCCGCGCCGCCAAGGAGGAGCUGGGCGAGAGCCGGCGCCUGCUGCAGGCGCGCACGCUCGAGGUGGAGGCGAUGCGCUGCGCCAACGAGUCUCUCGACCGCCAACUGCAGGACGCGGAGGAGCGCUACGGGAGCGAGGUGGCCGCGUUCCAGGAGAGCGUCGAGCAGCUCGAGGAUGAGCUGCGCUGCACCAAGGCGGACAUGGCGCGACACCUCCGCGACUACCAGGACCUGCUCAACGUGAAGAUGGCGCUCGACAUCGAGAUCGCUGCUUACAGAAAACUCCUGGAGAGUGAGGAGACUCGCUUCGGAGGUGGCGGCGGCAGCGUGGCGGACCGCACCUCCGCCGCCUCCUUCUCCUUUUCCUCCUCGAGCCGCUCGCCGUUCCCCGCCUCCUACUCGCCGCCGCUGCUGCUCCUCCGCCGCAAGACGUCCGAGGACAACGGCAAGAAGGUGGCGGCCAAGGCGUCCGCCCGGGAGGGUGGCGUCACGGCGGCGGUGACGGUGGUGGCGAGCUCCCCCAAGAAGAAGAAUAAGAAGUCGCCGGUGGUGGAGGAGGAGAAAGGGGAGGAGAAAAAGACGACUCCUCGUGCUAAAGAGAACAAGGAAUCGCACAAGCCGAGCCCGAGCAAGCAGAAGCAGGAGGAGAAGGAGAAGGGAGCGAAGGGGGAGAAAGCAGAGAAGGGGGAGAAGGUGGAGAAAGGGGAGAAGGGGGAGAAGGGGGAGAAGGGGGAGAAGGAGUAGGCGCCUCGACUGGCUGAGGCGGGGCGACCUCGCGGAUGGGACACUUGCCCAUGCAAUAUUUAGAGAUGGUGUCUAGGCUAGCGACCCCGCUGUGUGUGUAGCCCCUAGAAUGUCUAUUCGUCGAGUGAAUGCCCAAACAAUCGAUGCAUGAUGGUGGUGGCGGUGGCGGUAACCACGGCUCGUUCUCUCCCGCCCACACCCGGCGGCUCCCCGUCUCUGACGCGGCGUUUGUCACAAAGGGAUGGCGCCCGCCACCUCCCCGAGCGAUUUCAUUCGGCUCAUCCGGCCUCCCGCACUUACCGCCGUGACGUUUAGAAAAUAGCCGCGAUAACCGCACGCCGCCCAUGCAGUAGUUCGCCCGAGAAAUAGAGCGGAGAGAGAAACUCAAUCUUGGCUGUGUGGAGUGCCCCGGUGGGAGGCAAUUUGGACCCAUUUGCUGCCACUUGCUAAGGGGCAGCACCUCAUUUGAAUUUCGAGGAUGUUGAAUUUACUUUUGACGCAUCCCAACAUUCUACAGUUUCGUUUCGGGUCGACAGCUGUAAAGGAACCCUGUGCGGUCGGCAGUCUCUGGGUCGGUAAACACAACUGAGGAUGCACGCGUCACAUUGCGCGCAACUCGGAAUGAUCCAAUUGUGUACGAUUUACGCAACUCACAGACCACCCAUGUCCAUGCCAAUGUUGCCAUUUAGCCAGGCGGCAGCGGCGGCGGUGGUAGUUACACAUGCUGUCAUCCAGCGCUGUGGAGGCAGCUGGGAGGUGGAGGGGGGGGGGAUCGCACAGAUGUUGUGAAACUCCCUUUCCCGUGGCUAUCAAGGAGGUGCCAUACUCUGACUCGCCAGGAGACGGCAAAGAUGUGGACUCCACCUGUUCCGUCUGUAAGGGGAUUACCAACGAAAUGUCGUACUCGAAUUGUAAAUGUUUGUGGGUUUACUCUCCAACACACAAGCGGUGUGCCGAACUAGUAAUGAAUUUGCACGUUUUGUUUACGUGGCAAACCUUACUAAUUGGCUGUGUCGGGUGGUGACGGGCUUAAUGACACGUUGAAACUUACGCGAUCUAACCCAAAAUAAACCCUCUAUUAUGGAUGGGAUAGCGUGUUUCCCCCUCGCAUGCGUAGUUUUUCUCCGUGUGCUCCGGUGUCCUCCCACAUAUAAACACUCAUGAGAUUGGCCAAGAACACCUUAAUACAACAAUAAUAAUUGACAUUUGUAAGUCGCAUUUUAUCCGUAGAGGACUGCAGAUCUUGGGCAGUUGUCGGGUAAGGCCCACUGAGUUGUGCAGCACUUUUUCAGAAGCGACCUGGCCACAAAUGAUAUUACAAUGAAGCAGCUUAUCAUUAUGUGGAAAUGUAUAGCAGCCAACUAUUCUAAACGCAUAAUGUUGAUUCUAAAUGUGGAGGGAAAAAACCAGAGGACCCGGAGAAAAAUCCACAAGACCACUGGGAGAGAGACACACAAACUCCAAAUAUACAGCAGCAGCAGGCGUCAGGGUUGGGAUCGAACCCACGGCCCCCUAUGUACCAGGCGAGGUCGUUAACAUCCUGCCACCGUGGCGCCCAUUACAGAAGGGAUCUUUAGUAUGCGUGGCAGAGAAUUAUAAUUUCAGAAGUAAAACACGCGACAUCAAUUCGUUUAUGGAAUAUGAGAUUAUGAAAGAAGUGUGGCAUUUGAAGCAGACACUAUGUACGGUCUGUUCUAGAACGCGGUGGUUGUUGCGUUCCUGAAAAACACCACCGUGUUGUGUAAUAAUCGCGUUAUAAUGAAUCAUAUAUAAUGUAGGGUAAAGCACAGUCCGCGACAACACGUGAGAAGCGUACUCAGGUCGACAAAGACCGCGGUGCGUGUGGUAGCAUCUAGAAGCAUCCAGCAGCAUCCCGCUGCCUCGUGCGACGACGCUACGCCGAGGCCGUAUGAACGCUUGUUCCAACUGGCGUUGCGACGUCGUUCCGUUCGCUCGAUCGCGUUCUAUAUCCAAAACGCAUCCGCGUUUAAAAAAAACGAAAAUGUGUUCCCCAAUUACAUUCGUCGCGUUGCAUAUCCAAUUGGCGCUAUGAAAAACAACGCGCGGCGUUACAGGAGGACGCGGCUUUGUCCUGAGCCUUCUGGACGCCACCCACGGUGGACGUUGGUGGCAUUUCCCACCCCGCGUGGAGCCGACCCACCGCCCCCAUGGGCCGCGGACCGGAGCAGUCGCCCCGCGGCGUCGAGAGACAACUCGCGCGCCACUUUGUGUCAGCAUGCUUUCCGUGCCGUCCGUCCUCGUCUGAAAUGACGCGUGUGUGCGAAACGAUUUUUAUUUAUUGUAAUAAUAAUUAUUUACAAGUUCAUGUUUUCUCAUCUUGUCCUUUUGUUUUGUUUAUUAAAAUCGUAAACAACG